GCGGCAUUUCAGAAGCAACGUGCGUUGUCCACAAAGUCAUGUGACCUCCGGUUUAUUGUCAUUUCCGCUUCCGCUCAUGCUGUUCUGUCAUUGCAUCAUUUCAGUGUAGAGUGACCGUGUCCAUCAUGGCUGAGCAGGUCCCAGAGACCAUCAACUUUCCAGCAGAGGAGGAGAAGAUCCUGCAGCUCUGGGAGGCUUUGGACUGUUUUCAGGAAUGUCUCAAACAAUCGAAGAAUAAGCCCAGGUUCACCUUCUAUGACGGACCUCCCUUUGCAACGGGCCUCCCGCACUACGGGCACAUUCUCGCCGGCACCAUUAAGGACAUUGUGACCCGCUUUGCUCACCAGACUGGCCAUUAUGUGGAGAGAAGGUUCGGCUGGGACUGUCAUGGCUUACCAGUGGAAUAUGAGAUUGACAAGACCCUGGGAAUCAAAGGACCGGAGGACGUCGCCAAGAUGGGCAUCGCUGAAUACAACAAGCAGUGUCGCGGGAUCGUCAUGAGAUACUCGCACGACUGGGAGGUCAGUGUGACCCGGCUGGGCCGAUGGAUCGACUUCAAGAACGACUAUAAGACCCUUUACCCCUGGUUCAUGGAGAGUGUGUGGUGGGUGUUCAGGCAGCUGUAUGAUAAAGGCCUGGUAUACCGAGGUGUCAAGGUCAUGCCCUUCUCCACUGCUUGUAACACUCCAUUAUCCAACUUCGAGUCCCACCAGAAUUACAAGGAUGUGCAAGAUCCCUCGAUUAUUGUCACCUUCCCCUUGCUGGAAGACUCGACUGUGUCGCUUGUGGCCUGGACCACCACCCCAUGGACCCUGCCAAGCAAUAUGGCCCUUUGUGUUAACCCAGAACUGACCUAUGUCAAGCUGAGAGACAAGUCCAGUGGAAAUGUGUACAUUCUGAUGGAGGCCCGGCUGUCUGCCCUGUACAAGACCAACGCCGAAUACCAGAUUCUGGACAGGUUUCUGGGCGUCACCCUUAAAGGGACGCGCUAUCAGCCCUUAUUUGACUACUUUGCCAAGGCUUCAGACACAGGAGCCUUCACCGUUGUAUUUGACAACUACGUCAAGGCAGAAGAUGGCACCGGCGUGGUGCACCAGGCCCCCUACUUCGGAGCGGACGACUACAGGGUCUGCAUGGACUUUGGGAUCAUCCAGAAGGACUCUGUCCCCGUGUGCCCGGUCGAUGCCUCCGGCUGCUUUUCUGAGGAAGUCACUGACUUUGCAGGACAAUACGUCAAGGACGCUGACAAGAACAUUAUAAAGCUGCUGAAAGAGCGAGGCCGUCUGUUGCACAGUGGCACUUACCAGCACAGCUACCCUUUCUGCUGGAGGUCAGACACGCCGCUUAUUUACAAAGCCGUCCCCAGCUGGUUUGUCAGAGUGGAGCACAUGGUGGACAGACUCCUGCAGAACAACAAUCAGUGCUACUGGGUUCCAGAGUUUGUAAGAGAGAAGCGUUUUGGAAAUUGGCUGAAAGAAGCUCGUGAUUGGGCCAUAUCCAGAAACCGCUACUGGGGCACUCCGAUUCCGCUGUGGGUCAGCGAGGACUUUGAGGAGGUUGUGUGUGUGGGGUCCCUGGCGGAGCUGGAGGAGCUGACCAGUUAUAAAGUCACAGAUCUGCACCGUGAAAGUCUGGAUCACCUGACUAUCCCAUCUCGCUGUGGGAAGGGCGUCCUGCGCCGCGUCACUGAAGUGUUUGACUGCUGGUUUGAGAGCGGCAGCAUGCCCUAUGCUCAGGUGCACUACCCCUUCCAGAACAGAAGAGAGUUUGAGGACUCCUUCCCGGCUGAUUUCAUUGCUGAAGGCAUUGACCAGACUAGAGGAUGGUUCUACACCCUCCUGGUCCUCUCUACUGCACUCUUCGGUCAACCACCAUUCAAGAAUGUCAUAGUCAAUGGUCUGGUCCUGGCCAGUGAUGGGCAAAAAAUGAGUAAAAGUAAGAAGAACUACCCCGACCCCAUACACGUGAUCAAUAGCUAUGGAGCGGACGCCCUUAGGUUAUAUUUGAUUAAUUCUCCGGUUGUGAGAGCAGAGAAUUUGCGCUUUAAAGAAGAAGGUGUCCGCGAUGUGCUGAAAGAUGUUUUCUUACCUUGGUACAACGCCUACCGAUUUCUGAUGCAGAAUAUUUAUCGGCUUCAUAAGGAGGAGGGCGUCCAGUUUUUGUAUAAUGAGAGUUCAGCAAAGCCAAGCAGCAACAUCAUGGACAAGUGGAUUCUGUCCUUCACUCAGUCACUAAUCCACUUCUUCAAGGCAGAGAUGACAGCUUACAAACUUUAUACAGUGGUCCCCAGGCUUGUGCGCUUCGUUGAUAUGCUGACUAACUGGUAUGUGCGCAUGAACCGCCGCCGGCUGAAGGGUGAGAGUGGGACGUACGAGUGUCUGAUGGCCCUAGAGACCUUGUUCAGCGUGCUGUUCUCCAUGUGCCGGCUGAUGGCUCCAUUCACGCCGUUCAUUACAGAAAUGAUGUAUCAGAAACUGAAGUUGCUGCUUGACCCGACCUCUGUCCAUGACAAGGACUCGCAGAGCAUCCAUUACCUGAUGCUUCCUCCUGUGCGGGAGAAUUUGAUUGAUAAGAAGAUUGAGAAUGCGGUUUCUCGGAUGCAGUCAGUCAUUGAACUGGGCAGGGUGAUUCGUGACCGGAAGACGCUGCCCAUUAAGUAUCCCUUGAAGGAAGUGAUUGUAAUCCAUCAGGAAGCAGAGGCCCUUGCAGACAUCAAAUCCUUGGAGAAGUAUAUUCUUGAGGAGCUGAAUGUCAGGAGCGUAACAGUUUCUACAGAUAAAAACAAGUAUGGCAUCCGUCUGAGAGCAGAGCCGGAUCACAUGGUACUUGGGAAACGUCUGAAGGGUGCAUUCAAGUCCAUCAUGGCUGCCAUCAAAGAGUUGAAGAGCGAGGCACUGGAAGAGUUUCAGAAAACGGGCUCCAUAUUGGUGGAUGGACAUGAGCUGCAUGAGGAGGACGUGCGCCUGCUCUACACUUUUGAUCAGCGUGACAGCAGUGCUCAAUUUGAGGCUCAUUCUGAUGCUCAGGUCUUGGUUCUGCUUGAUGUCACUCCAGAUCAGGCCAUGGUGGAUGAAGGUGUCGCUAGAGAGGUUAUUAAUCGUAUCCAGAAGUUACGGAAAAAGGGAAACUUGGUUCCAACUGAUGAGAUAAGCAUCUACUACCGGGUGGAGCCGCAGGGAGAUUACCUGCACUCUGUCAUCCAGCGGCACACAGAUUUCAUUUUGGCCACAGUCAAGUCUCCCCUUAUUCCUUAUCCAGUGCCACCCUCAUCCAGCGUUAUAGUAAAGGAAAAGACACAGCUGAAAUGUUCUGAUCUGGAGAUCACACUGGUCAGAGGUUCCUCCCAGGCCGUGGAUGGUCCUGCCUGCGCCUGUGUCAAGCUGCAUAUAGCUGUUAACAGCACGGAACAAAGUGGAUUCCUACUGCUGGAGAAUCCCAAAGGAGCUGCCGUUUCCAGCGUGUCUGAAGUAAAAGCUGCAGUGUCCGCUAUAUUUCAGCUGAAGAUGGCACGACUUGCAGUAUAUGAUGGUACCAAAGAAUUGCACAGUGAUGCCGACCCCCUGAGUUUAAAUGGAAAGAUCCUUUAUGUUACCUCUGGAGCUGCCCCAGUUGUGCCAAGUAAUGGAGGCCAGCUGGAUUGCCAGUAUGUCAACCUGAGGGUGCUGAGCACCGAUACCCAAGGAACACUUUUGCUGCAAAACCCAAUUGGACAAAAUGAUCUGGACUAUCAGGGCCUGUACCGCGAAGUGGCCCUAGUGUUUGGGCUGAGGAGCCGGCGGUUCCGCCUGUAUCUUGAUGCAGCCAUGGGUGGAGAGGUGACGCAGGGAACAGCGCUGCCCGACCUCCAUACAAAGACACUAUAUGUUCACGUGCUCCCAACAACUGCAGAGUGUUAGCCGUGCAGCCACCUGAGUAAAGAAGGACCCCACACACGUCCAGCAGUCCUUGGCUCUAUUUAUUCCCUGAAGGCGACCUCUGCUUCUAUUUUGGCAAAUGCAGAAAUAAAACUAUACUUUUUGA